AUGGCGGCAGUUCUUCGUGUAAAGCGAAAAGCAUCAGAUGAACCUGCCGACGGACUUCUCAUAGCCGUUAAAAAACCGAAGUGUAGUUUUUCGGAAAAUGUUAAUGAAGUUUUGUUUAAAUUUGCUGCUACAUUGCAGAGCGAAAAUGAAUCUGUGAAGGAUCAUAUACAGGCUGUGUUAACCAAAGAAAGAAAUGAAAAAGUCUCCAAGUGGCGAGAUCCAAAAACUGUUAAAAGAAAUAAUCCCGCCCAGAUUGCCGAGAAACUAAAAGCUGAGCACAAAGCUGCAAAUGAAAAGAAAAAGCUCGACCUUCUAAAUAAUAGGAGAUUAAUUUUUACUGAAACUGUUCCAUUUGAAGAACCAGAUAUUUGUCAAGAUACUGAAGUUCGAAAGUUGUUUCAUUUGUAUGAUAUAAUUGAAGAAAAUGAGGAUGUGAAAAAACAAGUUGAUGAAGCUGAUAGUAUAAUAACAUGUAAUGGUCAGCCCAUGAUACGUGAAAAAUCUGGAGAUUAUGUGUUUGAUGUAUAUAUUGCUGAAGGCCAUAUAGACCGAUCCUUCGUUGAUAGUACUGUAAGUGUAAGACCAUGUAAUUUAACCGACGAUAUAUAUUCUGGGGAUAGUGAUGAUUCUGAUGAAGUAUAUGAUGAUGAAGAUGACAGUAAUGAUGAAAACAAUUGGCGGAAUGAUUAUCCUGAUGAAAGAUCCAAUUCAGGGAAAGAAACUGAUUCAGAGUCUGAUGAUUAUGAUAUUGUAGAAUGCCAUGAUGGAAUUUCAGAUGCAUUUCAAAACUUUGACAUUGAUGAUGAUGAUAGUGAUGUACCAGAAGCUUCAUUUGAUUAUUCAAGGGUGUUGCAGGAGCUUGAAGAUGAAGACUAG